ACGUGGUGAAGAAGGGAAGGCAAAGAGGAGGGGAGAUCUCUCUGGGCUCAGCCCAGCUGUUGCAGCUGUGAGGAAGAGGAACACACACAGCUCAGAAGAUCUCAGCUCACUUGAGCAGCUGGAGCAGAGACAACUGAACCAAGCUGCACAAUGAACCCCUACAUCUUCUGCUAUUAUUUAAUCCAGUUCUGCGGACAUUCCUGGAUAUUUAUCAAUAUGAUCAUCAGGUUCCUGAUUUUUGGGGAAGAUUCGGUUGCUGAUACUUUCUAUUCCAUUGGGCUCGUGAUGCGUGUUUGCCAAUCUUCGUCUAUCCUGGAACUUCUGCAUAUCCGGCUCAGCAUUGCAGAAGACCAUUUUUUCCCAAGGCUUUUGCAGAUCGCAGAAAGAAUCAUCAUCUUAUUUGUUGUGAUUGUCAGUCAAGAAGAAAUUCAAGGAAAAUGUGUUGUGUGCAUCUUAUUCUUCCUCUGGAGUUUCCUUGAUGUGGUCAGAUACACUUACUGUAUGCUGGCAGUGACAGGAACAUACUUUCGAGAAUUGACAUGGCUCCAUUAUACGCUAUGGAUUCCUUUGUAUCCUCUGUCAGUUUUGGCUGAAGAGUUUGCCAUAUAUGAAUCGCUACCUCACUUUGAAACCUACGGCACUUACUCAACCCAGCUGCCCUUACCAUUCGAUAUACCCGUCUACUUUCCCUAUGUACUAAAAAUAUACAUGGUGAUGUUGUUUGGAGGUGCAUACCUCAUUGUCCGAUGCCUCUACAUUGAACGGAAGGCUCAACUGGGAAGCUGGACCAUCAAGGCCAAAAGAAGCUAGCUUACCUUUUCCUCAAGGAGUGAGGGAAGUGGCUCGAGGAGGCCUGAUGGUAAAUGCCCUUCGUGAAACUAAGCGCAGUAGACCAUGACUUUAAAACGAGACAGUACCAUUGAGACAGUAAUUUGGAUAACUUUGGUUUAAAGACGGCAACACACGCUCUCGAUACGUAGAUCCCAUGACACACAUGGCGUGAGAAGUGUUUGUGUGUGCAGCAGAACCAUGAAUCUGGUGCAGAAUUGUGAUUUUUAAAGCACAUUUGGGAUUGGGAUUGUGGGGGGAAAUGGCACCACAGAGCACUCAGCUGCGAUAGAGCUGAUUCUGAGGGUUUGCCCUCAAGGUGGGGACCGCAAAGGGGGCCCAGAGCAAAAAUCACCAGCAACCUAGCCUGGGUCCUGGGCAACUGCUCAGGGAUGCUGCUUUCUGAAGCCUGGCCCAGUAGCAGGGAGGAGGACACUAAGCCUAGCCUUCUCUGCCCAACACACUAGUUAUUUAUGUACACAAAUAUUUCUACGCCCUUCCCCAAAUGGAGAAACAUCGCAUAAUGUGAGCCGCCGAUUUGCGCAAGCGGUAAGAGCCAGACUUGGAUUACCAUCCUAGUGGAAACUGCCUCAGAGCCAACACAGGCAAAAUAUAUUGGUGCAAAUGUUUAAGAUUUGGAAUGCUUGUCUGAACUUUUCCCACAGAAUUGGAAUUUCUGGUUAAAUCAUUCACGAACCUCUAGCCACUGGAAACAUAUUUUUUGUUUAAAUGUAAAAAUAAUGAUAUCUUUGUCUCUUUCAACACAUUUAUGUAAUGAAACCUAGAAGUUUAAAGAUUUACAAUUAUAUAUGCAAAAUGGAGCAGCGAGUAUAUCUAAAACCAAGAAAAUAUUGGCGUUCCAUAGUGCUGUAUGGAUGGAGGACUUCUGCUUUCACUGUGAGACUGUCCACUUCAUCUUCUCCCCCUGUGUGGUCCCAAAAUCUGUUCCAGAGGGCCCUACAACCUCCUGGAGCAGUUUUUUAAGGUGGGGGGGGGGGGAGAGAGAAGGGUAGUACUUUUGUUGGAGAUGUAUAAGUCUGUUGUACGAGUGGAACAGUAGCAUUAGAUACAAACCAUGUGAUAUUACAAGUGAAAUUCAGACUUUGCAUUUCACCUAUAAUACCGCAUGGCUUGUAUCUAAAGCCUGCUGUUCCACUCGCACAACAAACUCUUACUAGUCCAUUGAAAUUUCUGCUUUUCCCCCUCUGAACACCUUAAAAACUGCUCCAGGGGGUGCAAAAGUCAAAGGUAAGGAUUGGGAAAAGGGCAAAAGAUAAUACUUGAGCUGAUAAAACACUGUUAAUCCUACAGUCCAUGGGAGCCUCAUAAAUAAAAUCAGGCUGGAGAAAAUGUAAA